CAGUUUCUUAAAUUAGUACUUGGGCAGCACUCAGUACGAAUAAAUCCGCUAAUUAAGUUGGACGAUAACCAAAAAACUCUAGUACGAGACUUAUUCGAAAUAAUCGAUUCUAGCCUUGCAAGUGUUUGUUGAACAUUACCCCGAAAAGUGUUUAUAAUAUUGCAUAUAUCGUUAUUAAAAAUUUAUGAAUCGAAUAUAAACAAUUGCGAACUAGUGCUCUGUGCUUUCCGUGAAGACUAGUCCGAAUAGUUUCGAAGCUCGGUUUCAAAUCCAAACGGGGUUCAAAAUGAGCCCCAAACUACACGAAUUCGUGGUUGUGCUACAACGUGAUGGACAACAAACGCCAUGGGGAAUCCGGCUUGUAGGCGGCAGCGAUCUGGAUACACCGCUAAUUAUCACUAAGGUGCAAUGCGGCAGCCCAGCCUAUGGCUCUUUGCUCAGAGGUGAUAUCAUCUCCAAAAUCAAAGAGUAUGACGCCAGAGAUUUGCGGCAUGAGGACGCCCAAAUGUUGUUUAGAACAGCUGGAAAUGAAAUCAAAUUAGUUGUACAUAGAGACAAUAAAAUUGCACUUACACAAGGCCUUAGUAACGAAUCAUCGAGAUGUUCAUCGACUAUACCACCAGUGAGUCCUGUCAACUGUUUGAAUCCUGAUCAACCUCACAGAGCACCGUCACCUUUCUUACCAGGACCAGGUCACUAUGAAACAGCUAUGGCGGCUCCAGUCGACACGCUACCGCACACAGUAUUCCCGAAACUUAAUGAAUCUGGAGGGUAUGUUCCUCCAGCAAGACCAGAUUCGUCUGCAUCAUCCAGAUUCAGUCCAAUGCCAACAAGAGAUCAUCAACAAGAAGUUCAGGAAGAAACUGCUGCUAUUGUAAAACAGCCAUACCGCACAACCCCUCUAAUCCUUCCAGGGGCCAAAGUCAAAAAAGAUGUUAUGCCAACGGAAUCAUAUUUGAGACAUCACCCAAAUCCAGCUGUACGGGCAGCACCAUCACACGACUACCAUGAUGUGCUGAUGAAACAAAAGGUUGCCGACUCAGUAUUGCAUCGAGUUGUUGGAGAAGAUGCUGCAAGCGGAAAGGUUGCUCACAGACAGUUCAACUCACCAAUAGGACUUUAUUCAGACAGCAACAUCGAAAACACAAUCAGGCAAACAGUUCCAUUGCAAGGUAGCCCUUGUCCUAGUCCUAUAACGCGAACAUUGCCAUCCAAAAUUGAAGGCUAUAAACGUACUGUCGUCUACGAUCCCUCCAAGAGUGAGACUUACAGGGCUGUCCAAGAAGAAGGUUACGGCGAUCGUGUAACAGAAAUCCCGGUUCCCGUUCAAACUAAAGUUUUCCAUCCAAAUCGUAUGGUCCCUGGCAAGAAACCCGUUUCUCCUCGCCCAAUUCCACACCCAAAUAGCGGAAUUUAUUCACAUGCAUUUGGACGUGGUGCACGAUACUAAGCCAUUCACACGACAACAUUAAACGCAAAUAUAAGUAAACACUAUGGGACAUAAUGCUACCGAUAUCCCCCAAAGCGGCUCAUUUAAACGUUUAAUGUACAGUGUUUUAGGCGAAACUGAUUAUUAAACAACCAAUACCAUGAAUUCACUGAAAAUUAAUAAAAGAGCAAUUACUCAUAUUUAAAUAGAAUGGAAUUUUCAAAAAUGUUACACAAAUAGAAAAAAAACAUCUGAUACAUCAAACGAGCACGUGUUCUUCAUGAAUUAUAAAAAUAUCUAACAAUUGAAGAAUGAAAGGCAUUAAAAAACAUUUUUUCUUGUUUUCUUUCAUUAUUUAUAUUAUUCAAUGAUAAUAAUAUAUUUACUUGAAAUCAAAGUUUCUUUUUCUUCUUGCGUAUAUCAAAAUUAAUGAUUAUGUAUUGUAAAAGAACAAAACAAGGAAAGAACUUGCAAGUGCAGGCUAAAAUUUAAUUUUUAGGACAACUUAAAUCUUCCGAAAUGUAAUCAAUAAAAAAUCAAAUUCGAAAUGUAAUAAAUUAUUUUAAUAUUUAGUUGAUGUUAUAUUUUUAUUUGCAAAUUUUUCGAAUUGAGUGAAAAAUCUAGUCAGAAAAUCUAAGGUUAAAUAACUUUAAUCUAAUUCUAAAAUAUAACUAUUGUUGAUUAUUGAAAAUCAAAAUGAUAAACUAAAGCAGGAAUGUUUGACAUUUCCAACCAAUUUUUACUUUAAUUUCAAUUCAGAAGGGAUAAACAAAAUAUAUGAGAAAAGUGCUUCUAAAACUACAUACAUAUGCGUUUCAGAAUUUGAAUAGGUUUAUUAUAGUUAUUAUUAUCUAACAAGAGAUCACUUGAAAACGAUGAAAAAUGAAUGACGCUUCUUACUUGCAUCCUAGGUUAAUAAUAACUAUCUAUAAAUGUACGGUUCAUUGAGAGAAUAAUAUUAUUUAUUUUAAUCCUAUUUAAAUGCAUAUUACUUAUGGAAUUACAUAUAUUUUUGCUGCGAUUUAUUUAAAUAUAUUAUUUGAAAUAA